AUGCCUUCGCAAACGUUCUAUCUUCUUGGGGAAAGCCCAUCGUCUGCAAGAGAAAUUCAGUUUGAUUCUUCCGCAAAUGUUGAUGAUUUGAAACAUUUGAUUGCCGCACACUUUGCAAUCGUUGAGCCAAGUGGAAUUGGCUUCCAAGGGGACAAAGCUGUCUUGAAUGAACUCUCAGAGGUGCUGGCAGCACCUGGUCCUGUACCCCUCACAAUCGACGGACACGCCGUGCGCGACCCUCCCUGUCCCAGGGAAUUACCUUUCGUCGGCACCUUUUUCGAAGUUUACCCUGACCAUCUCGGAAAUCAUCAGCGACUCUUUGAACGAUAUGGCCCCAUUGUGAAAACAAAUAACUUAGGUCGCGUGACCUACCAGACCAAUGAUCCAAGAAUAGCAGCAAUCGUUUUUGCCGAGUCGGAUUUCUUUACCAAGAAGAUCAAUGAAGCGCACCCCUUGGCGGGGCUUAAGACCCCCUCUGCUGGCAUUUUCCUUGGAGACACUGAUACCGAAGAAUGGAGAGUCACUCACAAGUUCUUGCCUCCUGCCUUGGGCCCGAAGGCGGUCCGACACUACGCCCCAACGAUGCAGAAGACAGUCGAAGACUCGUUCAAGGUUUUUGACGCGCUGGAUGAACAGGGCGAGGCUUGGAACGUGUACCAGUAUAUGCUCAAGCUGGGUUCUCAGGCGGUUGGAAAGCUCGUUCUAGGGCUCGACUUUCAGCAUUUUGAAGCACUGGAUGCUCCACUUCAUGAGAUGGUCCAUAACAUUGCUGAAAUGCUUUCUCUCAAUAAGAAGGUUACAUCUAUGGGUAAUUGGUAUGCUGGAUUGCCAUUUGGCGACCCAAAACGACUCCGAAGCUUGAAAACCAGCAUCGAGGACAUGGUUGCGCAGUCAAUGGAGGCGGCUUCGCGGGGAGGCCACGAGGAUUUGCCUUUGCAGGAUGCUGCUCUGAAAGCAGAUAACAUGGUUGACUAUGCCGUUCGUGCGACUGAUAACAAGGGCGAGAAGCUACCAAAGUCAAGUCUAACCUGGGCACUAGUUGUUGCCACUGGCGCUGGUUUCACUACGACCAGUUCUCUCCUAUCCUGGCUCAUUUACGGUCUCUGUGUGUACCCAGGCAUGCAAGAACGCCUUCUCCAAGAACUAGUAGAUCAUGGACUUGACGAAAACACCGAAAUUACGGCUGAUUUCACCGAUGAAUUGGAGUUCCUUGAUAAAUAUAUCAAAGAAACGCAACGCCGCCACAAUCCAUCCUUCCAGCCAGGCCGAACAGCAAAGGUUGACCUGGUCUUACCUGGAGGGUACAGGCUGCCCAAGGAGUCAGUUAUAGUGCCCGCACUGCACCAUAUUCACAACCAUCCUGAUCUUUGGGACAACCCUGCUCGAUUCAACCCUGACCGCUGGGAUACCGAGGAGGUAAAGUCCAGGCACAAGGCGGCAUAUAUUCCUUUUGCAACGGGCCCGCGCAUGUGUAUUGGGUUCAACUUUGCACUCCAAGAGGUCAAGGUCUUCUUGCCCAAAUUGGUCUACCGCUAUAAGUUCUCCUUGGAGGACAACGGGCCUAUCGAGUAUGACCCCAUGUUUCAGCUGAUCAGGCCCAACAAUCUGCUUCGCCGCACUCGGACGUCUAGAGUUCAGCAACCUCAUACCCCUUCAAACAACGUCCUGCCGGGUGUGAGCCGCGCAACCCGGCCCCAGGUUAUCUCGUCGCCUGCUCCUGAUUAUCCCCGAGAGACGAUACAUCAAUACGCGACCGAUCCCGUAUCCAGAAGGGGCACACCUUUACUGCCCAAUGACGCAGAAAGCGAGGAGCGUUAUGGACUUGAGAUUGCUGCCGCUGCGUUGGGACAGCCUCAAAGAGCCGGCAGAGUGCCUUUCUACUCCGGAGCAGGAACUGGGCCAACAUCUGCUUUGGAAAUAUGCUUUGCCGACCAGUCGCUGUCGAGACAUUUCCUCGUGCCGUCGAGCCCAGCUGUUCAUCUGGCGGAGGAGGAUAAGAAGUAUCUCGAAAGCAAGGGUGUAUUCACAAUGCCGGGCUCAGCAACAUGCGAGAGUCUUUUGCGAGCCUACUUCCAUCACGUACAUCCGAUCAUGCCGAUACUUGAACCAGACGUAAUUCUCGAACACCACCGCACCGGCCGAUUACCGGAAAACAACGUCUUGAUAUUUUGGUGCAUCUUUUUCGUGGCGUCGAAUUUUAUUGCUCCCGAUGUAUACGAGCAGGAAGGGUACGGAUCGCGCAAAGAAAUGAAGGCGGUGAUGUACUCUCGAGCAAACUGCAUGUACAAUCACGGGGGAGAAAUGGACAAGAUCAUUCUACUGCAAGCAUCGUUGCUGAUGGCGUUCUGGCAUUCCGAAGCCGACGAACACACACAACCAUGGUACUGGAUGGGCAUUGCCAUCAGCUUUUGCCAAAUGUUAGGCCUUCAUCGAGAUCCUGAUCUAUCCACUUACAAUUCUUCGAUCACGGAUCGCCAGCGACACCUCUGGCGAAGAUUAUGGUGGACUUGCUUUUCGCGCGAUCGAUGGUUGAGUCUGACCCUGGGCAGACCGUUGCGAAUCAACCUCCACGACUGCGAUACGCCAAUGCCGUCUGCCAACGACUUUUUGAGCGAUGUUGCGGGCCUGUCUCCACUAAUGACAUCCUACUUACCAGAGAAUUUGGAAGAAUUGGCCAAUCAUUGGGUCAAGUACCUGGAAAUCAGCGCUAUGCUAGGCGACGUGAUUAGCAUGCACUACCAGGCGAGGAAGCCUAGGCCGUCUCUACAAGACGUCAAGGAUAUGGAAAAUAGGAUAGCCCAAUGCACAGUUCCAGAACAAGACAAUCCGAGCUUAUCUCGUGUGGCUAUUUUCAGCAUCUACCACCUUCAGUUGCACUAUCAUGCGCUUGCGGGAACAUUCUAUCGCCCAUUCACUACCACGUUGCCGGAAGACCUCGACCCAGGUGAAAAAGAAAGCUGGCAGCAUCGUAUGCGACUGAAGGCCGACGCAGCAGCUUCUCACACAAAUACCGUCGUCGAAGCUAUUGCCCAAGACGGCCUGCUUGAAUUUGCGGGGCCCAUGACGCCUCCCCUCCUCGUCCCAGCAAUGCAAACAAACCUCCUCAACUGCAAGAUCGGCAAUUCUUUGUCCAAGCGCCUCCGCUUCAACAAACUUAGCAUGUGCAUGAUGGUCAUGGAAGAACUCCAGAAAACAUACACCGUUGCGUCCAUUUACCGCGCCAUCUUCGCAAAGGCCAUUCAGCUGCUCUUCCCAGAGAACACAGAGACUGCUUUGCUAGGAUUCCAUGAUACUGACGCAAAUAAUGAUCCAACCGAUACCUCGCGGUUGGAAGGGGCUGGUGAAGUUGCAGGGACUGCGGAAACCGGAGCCUUCAAUGCACCUGGUUAUAACGAUAUCUCGGCGGACGAUUUUGUUGAUCUGCUAAUGGAUGAAGCUUCGAUAUUUAAUUUUUGGGAUACGUGGACUCGAACAUGACUUAAU